CUUUCCCUUUCGCUCUCCAUCUAACCAAACAGUUGUUCACUUUCACAUCAAAUUUUUCAUCGAUCAACCGACUCAAUAAAAACGAAAUUCAUGAAAAAUAAAUCACCUCCAAAAAUAAAUAAAUUAUAUAAAAAAAAUCACCACAACAAAACUCUCUGUUCCUCUUUCAUCUCUUCACCCAUCUCUCUCGUCUACACUUUGAAGCGAUCAUUUUUGUUUCCCUCUACAGAUCUCUGAAAUUGCUGAAUCGAAACCCCAAAUCUCUCUCUUUCUCUCUCUCUAUAUAGUUUGCGAUUAGUUUUUGUCCCUUUCAGUCCUUUCUCUGCUGAUCGGUUCGUAUGUCGAAUUGUUGAAGCUUGAUGAGAGUUGUCAUAGGGAUUUCGCAGAGUUACAGAUUUAUGGACGAGCGAUAUGCCUCAAUUGCGUAGCGGAGUUCGCAGAGGCAGACCUUCGAAGCCACCGAUUGCGAUCGAAAACGGUGCCGUUGAGAACAAGGAGGUGAGAGCACCACGGACUCGCCAGAGACGAACAGCAGUGUGUAAGAAGGAUAACGGGAAGCCACCGGUGGUCGUCGUUGACGCUGACGGCGACGAUGAUAGAGCUGUGAAGGUUUUGAGUCAAAAAGCGACGCCGCUGAAGGGUAAGGGUAAGGGUAAAGGUAAGGUUAAGGAGGAGAAGGAAGAAGCUAGGGUUUUGGGAGUGGUCGGUGGUGGUGGUGCUGAGGUUGCGGCGGCGAAGGAAGAGGUUGGGGAAAAGGACAUGGAUGACAAUGAUAGUGGUGGCCGGAGCGCCGAUAAGGGAGUGGCGGCUGAAGAUGAAGGGAGCACGGCUCCCCUUCCGGAAAGGGUCCAGGUUGGUGGUUCCCCAGCAUACAGAAUUGAAAAGAAACUGGGAAAAGGAGGAUUUGGACAAGUCUAUGUUGGUCGUCGCAUUAAUGCUCCUGUUCCACAUGAAAGAACUGGCUCAGGAGCUAUAGAGGUAGCGAUGAAAUUUGAGCAUAGAAGCAGCAAAGGAUGUAAUUAUGGACCACCGUAUGAAUGGCAAGUUUACAAUGCACUAGGGGGCAGUCAUGGUGUACCACGUGUACAUUACAAGGGCCGGCAGGGCGACUACUAUAUCAUGGUAAUGGAUAUGCUUGGACCUAGUUUAUGGGACGUUUGGAAUAACAAUUCCCACACGAUGUCUAUUGAAAUGGUUGCAUGCAUCGCCAUUGAAGCAAUCUCUAUAUUAGAGAAGAUGCACUCCCGCGGAUAUGUGCAUGGCGAUGUCAAGCCAGAAAACUUUUUGCUUGGACCACCAGGGAGUCCUGAAGAGAAGAAAUUGUUUCUAGUUGACCUUGGACUAGCUACACGGUGGCGAGAUACUUCUACUGGAUUACAUGUUGAUUAUGACCAAAGACCAGAUGUUUUUAGGGGAACAGUGCGUUAUGCAAGUGCGCAUGCCCAUCUUGGAAGAACUGGGAGCAGGAGGGAUGAUCUAGAAUCUCUUGCUUACACACUCAUUUUUCUUCUUCGUGGCCGGCUGCCUUGGCAAGGAUACCAGGGAGAGCAUAAAGGAUUCCUUGUUUGCAAGAAGAAGAUGGCAACUUCUCCAGAAACUCUUUGUUGCUUUUGUCCUGCACCUUUUCGGCAGUUUGUAGAGUAUGUGGUAAACUUGAAAUUUGACGAGGAACCUAACUAUGCAAAAUACAUCUCCCUCUUUGAUGGAAUAGUUGGUCCAAAUCCAGAUAUCAGACCAAUUAACACUGAUGGUGCUCAGAAGCUUAUAUAUCAGGUUGGCCAUAAGAGAGGACGGUUGAUAAUGGAAGAGGAUGAUGAUGAACAACCAAAGAAGAAAGUCCGAAUGGGAAUGCCUGCAACACAAUGGAUCAGUGUUUACAAUGCUCGUCGGCCUAUGAAGCAAAGAUAUCACUAUAAUGUGGCAGACUUGAGGCUUCCUCAACACAUUCAGAAAGGAAAUGAAGAUGGUUUAUUUAUUAGCUGCGUUGCAUCCUGUUCAAACCUGUGGGCCCUAAUCAUGGAUGCUGGAACUGGCUUCACUUCUCAAGUUUAUGAACUAUCACCCUAUUUCCUUCACAAGGAAUGGAUUAUGGAACAGUGGGAGAAGAAUUAUUACAUUAGUGCAAUAGCAGGAGCCAAUAAUGGGAGCUCGUUAGUAGUAAUGUCUAAGGGUACCCAGUAUUUGCAGCAGUCCUAUAAAGUCAGUGAGUCAUUUCCGUUCAAGUGGAUAAAUAAAAAAUGGAGGGAGGGAUUUUAUGUCACUGCCAUGGCCACUGCAGGAAAUAGAUGGGCAAUUGUUAUGUCUCGUGGGGCAGGAUUUUCUGAUCAGGUUGUGGAACUAGAUUUUCUGUAUCCCAGUGAAGGCGUUCAUCGGAGGUGGGAUGGUGGUUAUCGGAUCACAUCAACUGCCGCAACUGUGGACCAGACAGCUUUAGUUCUUAGUGUGCCGAGAAGAAAACCUGCAGAUGAAACACAAGAGACACUUAGGACUUCUGCAUUUCCUAGCACACAUGUCAAGGAGAAAUGGGCAAAAAAUCUUUAUAUUGCUUCUGUUUGCUAUGGUCGUACUGUUUCAUGAGCUACCAAAGUUUUGCUUGGGGAUACUCGCUGAGAUCUUCUCGAUUCCUCAGUCAUAUGAGCCAUGGGCCAGUUGUUAGGAUCUAUUCUCUGUUUGGGAAGAAAGCAUUACCUUGUUUAUAAAUGGCAACCUGGUUCAUCGUAUCAUUUGGGAGUUGAUGUAUGCAAAGCGUUACUUGAGCAUCAAUUUAUCAUAGAAUUCAUUACCAGCACUUGUGCACUGUGUUUCAACUACUGUUCAAAAGCUUCAAAGCUGAUGUCCCAGAUGGAUAUUUUUACUUAUUGUUAAAAGUUUGUAUAGUCUUGAACAAUAUUACUUGUUUGAAAGCAUGUGCACAGGUCAUGUUUUGAUUAUUUAUGAUAAUCCGGGAAACAUGCAAUCGAAAAUUUUGCGGUUGGCUCCGGACUUUUUUAA